AUGCGAACAAUAAAAAGAUUUGGUGCAAGAGCAGAAGUUGAAGUUUUAUCAAGUUUACCAUUACAAAUUGCUUUGCAUUAUAACGUUUGUUUGGCUCCUUUCUGGGCCACUGGAUUGAUUAUUGGUCUCAUCAGUAAGAUGCAUUAUUUGUCUAUGACUCAUGUGGCUAUACUGUCAACCUUACUCUUCAUAACAAUUAUAGUUGAGUUUGUCCGGUUAUUUCUUGGUUACUACGGCAAUUUGGGCGAAAAGAUAUCUGCCCUAUCCGGUUUCUGGAUAACAAGUGUAAUUUUGCAAGUACCGAUUGCAACAUUUUCGGUUUUGAAUAGUAAUAUUCCAUUACCUUUAGAGAGAAUUUUGUGUCUCUAUCAUGGAAUUUUUUUACUGAUUGAGAUUAUUGCGGGCUUUCUGGUGAUUCGGAAAAUAUCGCGCUAUCAGAUGGCUAAAUUCAAAGAGAGAAUGCUCGAGGAAGAAGAACCAAAAAACAGAGAUGGUUGA